UACAUAAAAUUCCAAUGUGUCAGGUUGAAUGCCUGCAGGUGAUGGUGGUGCUACUGGUUUGUGUUGAGCAGAAUGAGUGUGUGGUUGGUGGGGGUGGUGGGAAGAGCCCGAAAACCUGGAGGAUUUCAACAAGGUGGGACUAAGGCGGUGCUACUUAUGCAUAAAUAAAACAGGUGCAACAGGUGACAAUGUUGUUACAGCAGAAGACAGCAGACGAGAGAGGACACAAGCACACCGUCAGGAAACAACUUUGAAUCCUUAAAAAACAAUCAUACCACAGGACAACAAAAUAAGUGAAGCAUCGUCGAGACCUCAGCAAGAUCUCAACAAACUUUGAAACACAAGUGAACUGCCGCGGAUCACAAAGCAAUGACGUCCUUUGAAUCUCAAGGUCAGUCUCCGACAAGAUGUGGGCCUCAGUUUCCCAGCUUGGGACAGGAACCUCCCGAACUGAGUCUCUACAAUGACGGCUACUAUCCCCCUCCAUCACUGCCAAGUCCUCAGCGAACAAAUCCUUCCUCGUAUGAACUUGGAGAUUAUGCUGCCUCAUCUCCUAACCCCUACCUGUGGUUCAACGGCUCAGGAAUGAACAGCGCUCCUUAUCUGGGUGGAACCCCGGGCCCUAUGGGACCCUCCUUCGUUCCUCAGCACUAUGGCAUGCAAAGGCCCUAUCUGGGUCCAGGGGGAUCAGGUGGUCCUGGUGGCGAACUGAGCUGGUUCUCCAUGCCCUCUCAGGAGGAUCUUAUGAAACUGGUUAGGCCGCCUUAUUCGUACUCAGCUCUCAUUGCGAUGGCGAUACAUGGUGCGCCUGAUCGUCGACUGACUUUAAGUCAAAUUUAUCAGUACGUUGCUGAUAACUUUCCGUUUUAUAACAAGAGCAAGGCGGGAUGGCAGAACUCCAUUCGGCACAAUCUUUCACUGAACGACUGCUUUAAGAAAGUUCCACGAGAUGAGGACGAUCCUGGCAAGGGUAACUACUGGACCCUAGAUCCGAACUGUGAAAAAAUGUUCGACAACGGCAACUUCAGACGCAAGAGAAAGAGAAAGUCUGACAUUCUUCUGGAAAAGAGCGACUCUGGGGGCAAUGUGAGCUCAGAGUCAGGAGACAGUAAUGGCAGGGGCAGCCCAAAAAACCAAGCUGUUGACAUCACCACCUCCCCUGAGAAGGGCCCUUUACAAGUUUCUGCUGGACCGUCCCCAUGCUUGAGCAACUUCCUGACUGAGAUGUCCGGUGUAGUAACCGGACCACUGGAUAUUGAAGGAGAUACCAUGAAUCGUCCGUUUUCUCUCAGUCUUCCAGUGGACGGAGUGCAGAGAGGUUCCCAAUCGACAGGCUUUGGCACCUACUCCCCCAGCUCUGCAGUGUCCGAAUGGGCAUCACCUCUGCCCCCACCCCCUUCCAUCUCCCCAACACCGUCCCAUUCCACUUUGGGUUACAGCAGCGCCCUCAGUCAAUUUAAUGGUCAUUUCUACCCCGGUUUGAGCUCCACGGGUAUUCUUUACCCUCGGGAGGGCACUGAGGUGUAGAAGCAUGUGACAGUUUAGAUGAGCUGAGCGAUCGAUUCAGAUCUACAGACUCUGGGGGCAAACCUGAAGUGAAUGAAUUCCCACAAGAAUGGCCUAGUCAGCAUGAGAUAUGACAGGCUGACACUAGCAAAGGCUCCCGGUACCAGCAGCUCUGAUCUGAGGCCAGCUGCUGACAUCAAGCCGUUCUGCACAGCUAUCUUACUCAAACUCAUAUUACUGAACCUGAAUUUAAGCACCUGUUACAAACUGAUAAAUCACAUCUAAUGCGGGCGAAGAAACUCUAGAAAAAUGCAUACAAAUGCAAAUACAAUUCUUUGUAUUCUGACAGUCUUUUGUAUAUAAGUGUAAAGUUGCGUGUGUUUGAAUGUUGGAGUGUAUUCUAUGAGGGGAUAUAUGGCCUUUUUUGAAUAAAUGAUUUAAAACAGUGUUGUAUUAUUGAACUGUAUUUAUAAUGAGGGAAUGCUUUCAGAUUUUUUUUAAUAAAAGAUUUUAAACACCAA